CAGGGUGCACUUCGAGUGCGCAUGCGCAGGUUAGCUAAACUUAGCACAACAGUGCUAGCUCAAUCUAGUCAGUUUUUAAGGCGUCUGUGUGUUGACUGUGUGUGUUUUGGUGAAUCCGAAGGCGUACAGUUUGGACGAAUGGACAUAAUAAAGACAUAAAGCGGCCAUUUGUGGUGUUUUUAUUCUAACACGCUUUGAUGUAGCUGAAGCAGGUCUGAAGAUUCAGCUGCCUGUAGCAAUGCUAAUACUCUCACUUACUCUGAUCUUCACCAUCACCUUCAUCAGCCUGCUGGAUGUGGAAGCUGACAUCGCAGCAUAUUCUGCUGAUAAUCAGACACAGACAUUUGAUGAUGUUCCUGCUCAGUUUGGAUACAGAUUGCCCAGGAAAGGCUUGAAGGGUUUCCUGAUUGGUGCAAGGCCUGAGAAUGGGUGUGUACCAAUUGAACCUCCACCAAUCCUCAAAAGCAGCAGCUUUAUCGUCCUCAUCAAAAGAUAUGAGUGCAAUUUCGACAUCAAGGUGCUAAAUGCUCAGAGAGCAGGUUACGUUGCUGCCAUCAUUCACAAUGUAGACUCAGAGGAACUCAUCACCAUGGGUUCUGAUGAUGUGGAGGUGGUGAAGCAGAUCAACAUCCCAUCUGUGUUUGUUGGAGAAAAGGUUUCUAAGUCUUUAAUGGAGGAGUACAGUUAUGAAAGAGGAGGUUAUAUCAUCAUGGUACGUGAUUUCGAUCUGCCGUUGGAAUAUUACCUAAUCCCGUUCUUCAUCAUUGUGGGAAUCUGCCUGAUUCUCAUUGUGGUCUUUUUGAUCACAAAGUUUGUUCAGGACCGACACAGAGCCAGACGGAAUCGACUGCGCAGAGACCAACUGAAGAAACUCCCCAUCCACAUAUACAAAAAAGGUGAUGUCUAUGAUGUGUGUGCAAUCUGUCUGGAUGAAUAUGAGGAGAAAGACAAGCUGCGUGUGCUACCCUGUUCACAUGCAUAUCACUGUAAAUGUGUGGACCCAUGGCUAACAAAGACGAAGAGGACGUGCCCAGUGUGCAAGCAGAAGGUGGUUCCGCCUGGUUCUGAGUCCGACUCCGACUCAGACAGUGGGGGAGACGAUAGCGACGAGGUUUCCGAAAGCACGCCGUUACUGCGCCCGCACCCUGCUACUGGACUCCGCACCCCGUCUCUUGCCAGCACACACUCAACCUCCACAGGACUCCCUGACUGCUCCGACUCUGACUCCGACUCUACUGAGGAAGAGGGGGAGAGGGAGGUGGUCACCGUGGAAACAGUUGUGGUGUUACAGCAGGAAAGACCUGAUGAUGAUCUCAUCAGUGUGUAACGACAAUCUAAUUAGACUGCUAAUCGAUCUAAAGUGACUAUAUAACUCGCACACACACAUGCACACACAGAGUACGGUUUGUGGUUUUAUUACAGAUGUCAAGAUAUGGUGGUUGGAGUUUUAUCCCUGGGAAAGACAUGCAUACACACCCAGCUUUACAUUUAUCCAAGAUAUGGAUUUAACAGACUUUAUCUCUGUCUAAAAUUAUGUCUUUGUGGGGACCCUCCUCCUGAAUGACACCUGUUUUGAAGCGCUGCUGCUGAUGAAUUUUUCUUUUUAUAGUGUAACUAAGUUUUGCACACUUGUGUCUCCUGUAGCACCUUUUUAUUAACAUUGUGUUUCUUUUGUUAAUGGUUUUAAAGGUUUUAUUUUUAUUUUUGCCAAACCUGUAGCCAGUUUUGCUUUUCUGUCUAAAAUGAAGCCAAAUGUUUUGCAAAUUUAUUCGAUUUGUUUUGGACUGACAUUCUAAUGAAUGCGUUAUCAGUGUUCACACCCUCAGCGGUGUUUAGUUCUACAUUGUGUCUUUGUUACACACUGGCUGCCUUUCAUAGCUUCAUUUUUCUUAAUCAGCUAAAUUUAAUUUAACUUCUUUUUAACUAAAUAAAGUAACUCUGUUUGAGAAGUUGUACCAUCACGCUCACACACAAACGCACAGCACACAGUGUGUUUCUGUUUUAUUUCUAUAGAUUCUAAAAAUUCAGGAUGCACAUUUAGCCCAAAAUUGCUUAUGUUUGUUUAAUGUUUUGGUAAUAGUGGCACCAAAAUGUUUUAAUUUGUACACAGUCUAGCUAGGCCAUGAACCAACGAUCCUUGUAGAAGUGUAUAUUGUCACCCAUUAACACCCCACCUUUUUAAUGUUAUGUUUUAAAACAUUUCUUUUGAAUGAAAUCAGUCUUGGGUGUGAUUCAGCCUCUGAUCCAAUCAGAUCCAGACUUAUUUCAGUUCGGACAUGUGCUCACAUGUUCUUUCCUGCCCUCUGAAUCUACUAGUGAAAAUUUUGAGAUUCAAAUCAUUCCCAGGACAUCCACACUGCGCUGUCUGAUUCCUUAUUGCGCCGAUUCUCAAAAUGCGAACCCUGAAGCGCUGCCCAUAUUUUUAGUUACAGCAGUAGAAAACUUGCAUUUGUCAAAGUUGUUUAAAUUUUAGCAUUGUAAUGAUUCAGAAACAUUCAAAAUGUUUUACUGUGCAUGUUUAAAUAGUGCUUAUGAAAAUGGACAUUAAUAAUAAUGAACAUUACAUGAGAAUUUUACAAUUGCGGUCUCAGGAUUCCUAAGAAGUGUGUCGUCACUGUGCACUGAGUAAUGCGGACCUGCUCCAUCUAGCCAGACUGAAAUUUGAGUUCCAUGUUUCUUGUGAAACAGUUUUCAAAGUCUUAUGUCAGACUGUUGAAAGUUGGGAAAUUAUAAAUCCAUAGGAAAAUAUUGCUGGCGAACAUGGUGGUGCUGCUUUCUUACACUUAGUUCACAGUCACAAGAUUCUCCUUCUCAUCCUUCAUUCAUCUUACUGUCUACGUGGAGUUUCUUGUGAAUACUAAUCACUAAUUAGUCGUGGCUGGUCAGGAGGGUUGCAUGUCUAUAGACCAAUGCAUAGCAGGUUUUUUACAACUGUUAUUCACUAAUGUUGCAUUUCAGAGAACACUGUAUGACAUUGUUUUAUCUAAAAGCAUUAUCAUGUAUUCAAGAAAAAAAAGAAAAUCUUAAUCACUAAACGGUCUAACCUGGAUUCUAAGUGGAAUAAAAGUAAACAGGAAAAAAAA